GGUCACUCCCACCCACUCAUUUUCUCAAUCAUAACACUUCUCCACUCCCCCACCUUCCUUUCCCCCACUCUCCGCUUCUCUGUCUUUCCCAAACACGCGCAUAUCAUCACACAAACUCCAAAACUCUUCUCACUUAGUUGGAUCCUAUAAUCCAUCUUUUCUUCAUAAUUCAAUGAUCCUCACCCCACAUAACUAGUUUUCCCCGACCAGACUAGUCCCAUCUUAACCAUUCACAUUUGAUUUUUGUACACAUCCCUCACCUCCUUCUCUCUCUCUCUCUUCCUCCAAGUUAAAAAAAAAAUAUGAAGUAGUAACAUUUUAAUAUUUAUUUUUUAACCUUUAUGAUUCUCUCUGUCUUAAUAUAUUCUUCUGUAAAUCUUUGAUCUAGCUAGCUUGUUUCAGUCAGGGAAUUCUUCUCCCUAUAAAUCUAGUAAGCACUCAAACAAAGACAGUACUGCUCUCAACUUAAAACAAGAGAAAAUGUCAAUGGACAUGAUGGGAACCGAGCGUGUUUGUUAUGUUCACUGCAACUUCUGCAACACCACUCUCGCGGUUAGUGUUCCAUGCAGCAGUAUGCUCACAGUUGUGACAGUUAGAUGUGGGCAUUGUGCCAAUUUGCUAUCAGUCAACAUGGGAGCUUCACUUCAAACAUUACCUCCUCAAGACCCUCAGCACUUUCAAGAGCCAAGCAGGAAGGAGCUAGGAUCAUCUUCAAGAUGCAAAGCAUUUGAGCCUGUAAGCCAUGAGCAACCUAGGAAUAUUCCUCCCAUUCGCCCUCCUGAGAAGAGACAACGUGUUCCUUCCGCUUAUAAUAGGUUCAUUAAGGAGGAAAUACAAAGAAUCAAAGCCAGUAACCCAGAUAUCAGCCACAGGGAAGCAUUUAGCACAGCAGCCAAAAACUGGGCACAUUUUCCUCACAUUCACUUUGGGCUAAAGCUUGAUGGCAGCAAGCAAGCAAAGCUGGACCAGCAGGGGGAUGCUACUCAAAAGUCUAACGGAUUAUACUGAAAAAAUUUGGAAGACUGAUUAUCAGAUGGUUUUUUCUAUGCUUGACCUAAAUCAGUGAAAAAGAAAAAUGAGGUUGAUCAAGUUUCCCUAUCAUACAACUGGAUGGGACUCUCCUGAAAUUCAGCCUUAGACUCUCUCACUCAUGUUUAAUAUAGUAUAGUACAUGUGUUGGUCUUUAAUUUCUAUAGUUGCUAUGAUAUGAUUGAUAUUCUAGUGAUUGCAUUAGUUAUCAUGUGUUGAACUUAGGAACUUAAGUAAACAAUGUAAUAAUUAAGCUCCUCCUGUUGUAAUAAUGAGUCUUUGAAAUUUCUCUAUUUGGAUGAUUGGGUCUUAACAUAUAUAUCAAAUGAUAAAUGAUUGCAUCUUAUUAAUGUUUA